AUGGAGAAUCGAGCCUCGGUCUUUUGGUGGGUCUCCUUCAACCAAUCCUCUGCAAGUUUAGAAGGCCCAGCAAGCUUACCCAACGUGAAGAUAUCAGAACAGAAGAAACUAAAAUCUCUGGUCCUCUCUAGCAGCCAUUUGUCCUCCUGGCCUGCAUAUGCCCCAGGGCAAGCGAUCCUACAGAACCGAAAACCUUGUACUCUUCCUGAAUGGCGGAGCACCAGCAAAGAUCAUGUUCCUCUGUCCAUCUCAAAGCCGCGCUACCUUGAAGAUCUGGAAUCUCACCUGCGGAAAGAGCUGCAAGCUCUGGACCUUAAUAAAGGCAAAAAAGUUCAGGAACUUAAACUCCAGCCUUAUAGAGAAGUGUUUGAAUUCUUCAUGGAAGAAUUCAAAACCUACAAGCCUUUGCUGGCUUCGAUCAAGAAUGAGUAUGAACUGACGAUAGCACAUCUACGGGAGAAGAUCUAUUCCCUGGAGGCAGUGAACGGCGUACUGGUCACAGCCUCCGAUCAAUGUACUCGGCAAAUCCUGGCUUUUCAAGAGCAAGAGAAAAUCGAAAUAACAAAGCUGAAGGAGGAGAGGCUCUACUUGCUGAAGCUUAUUGACAAAAUGAAGGAGGAGAAAUGUUCUCUACAGACCCAGGUGGCUAAGAUGCGGAAGGCGGUGGCAGAAGAAUACCUCCGCUAUCUUAAUGAAUGUGAUGCCCGGAAGCUGCUUCUUAUAGAUCUCAAUGAAAUGUACCGUCAAAAGGAAGAACUGAAGCAUGCCAAAGUCCAAGACAGCAAGGGGGAAGACACGGUGAAGCUCACUCUCGCGUUAAAGAUAGCCCGCCAGGACCUCACCAAAGUUCAAGUGGAGCUGAACACCAUGAGAGCAAACUACGGGGACGUGGUGCCCAGAAGAGAUUUUGAAUUACACGAACAAAAAUAUAACGAGUUGGCUGAAAAGAUGUCUACUCUUCAGAAAGACUUUGAUGACCUCCAGGAAGAAUACGAGACAAUGCUGGACGUACACAAACAGGUUGCAGAAGAGCGAGACCAGUUCUAUAAUGACUUGAUCAACGUCCAACGCUCCUCCACACCUCGGCCUAGCUGGGACAAGUGUGCAGAGGUGAUUGCCGGUGGGCCUGAGCGCUGGAAAGUUGUGUCAGAGGGCAAAACUAGUGACCAGCUGGUAGAUAUCCUUUUGGAAGAUCUUGGCACAGUGCUGCUGAGAGAGAUGGAUACCUUCGUGGGGCGGGGAAGAAGCGAGAAGAUCCCCAUUUACCUGAGAUGCGACGGUCUGGUCAGAAAUAAGAAGUUGACUAAAAAGGAUAUUGUGGCCAUUUUAAGGGAAAUAUGGAAAGAAAAAAUUGCAUUGGAUCAACAGAGAGGAAAGCGAUCCAGCCUAUCCGAAUUCUUCCUGAACUUCUUCCAGAGAAAGUAUGGCGAUGCGUUUGCAUUUGAUUGGACUUACAGUAUUUAUGAAAGCAUCAAGCUCUAUCGGACUAAUGAAGCCAUGUCGUUGUUUCAUAACAUCUUGAUGGGAAAUCUGGAUGAAGGCGUAUACCACAGCCACCUCCUGCAACUCAACAACCUGUUAAGGGAACUGACUGCCGCUGACACUGCAAAUACUGGCGAGCUGACGAACGAACAGUUCACCUUUGCCUUAAAAGCGGCUUUCUCGUUCAAGACUGAUGAAGAGAUUCAGGAGUUAGUUGAGGCAGCAGGCCACAAAUUGGAUAACGACAGUGUUAUGUACAAGUUCUUAUUCUUAGAGGAUGAGGAGGGGAAAACAGAACCCCUGAUUACGAAACUGAAGAAUCAAUAUACGAAUGAGAAAAAAACAUUUCUACAGGAGCUACGCAAUGAACUGGGAACCUUGAUGGAAGUGAGGCCAGAUGACUUGAGGGCAGCUUUCUGCAUAGUCGACCACGGUUUGAAUGAGCAAAUCCUGGAUUCUUACAUCUGUUACGCCUUCCAAGUUCCCAAAGAGCAACUGGAUCCUGCUGUCUCCAUACCAAUAGAUGCACUGAUGCAAAGGCUAAUGGCUGGAGAUAUCAGACGGCAAGGAACGUUCUCAGGAGAUCAAAAGAAUCUGCCCCCGUCCCACACAGCCGAAGAAACCGAAGUCCCUACCAGUACCUAAAUUGACCCACAUCCUCUUCUUCCACCCUUCCCCUUCUGAGAGUUACUGGAGUAAUUAUUUUUUACCAAGAAGUGAUCUGAAACAAAACUGCCCUGCAAGAGCUCAGUUGAUAAGUGAGCCCUAAAGCCUAUUGGAAACUGCUGCUGGAGCAUUGAUCCCAAUUCCAUUUCUGGGGCCAGAAGAACGUAAGAACUUUGUAGCAUAAAAACACCAAGA